AUGGUGCUGCUGCUGCUGUUGCUGCUGCAAUUGCCUUAUGCAGACUGUGGGAUGUUGAAGUCGAAAUGCCCCUUGACUCUGGAGAGGGAUCAGACAGAUCCAUUCAAUCAUUACAGGCCAGAAGACCACCUCAUUGGUGGGGUCAUUUCUGCCACGCAAGCUUUGCUUCAUCCACACCUCUUCAACAAGCCUCCCUCUAUCAGCUUUGACCAGAAAGCAAGCACAGAUUACUGGCAGACCCUCUCCUUCUUGUUUGCCAUUCAGGAGAUCAACAAGAAUCCCAGGCUCUUACCCAACAUCACACUGGGUUACAGCAUCCACGAGAACUUUUUUAAUGGAAAGUUGACUUAUGAUGCUUUGUUAGACCUGCUGUCUACUGGGGAAGUGAAUGUUCCAAACUACAACUGUGGAGGAUGGAAUAAUUUACUAGUUGUUCUUGAAGGGGCUGACACUCAAAACUCCAUUCAGAUUUCAAGCUUGUUGGGCAUCUACAAAAUCCCUCAGGUCAGUUAUGCUUUUGUCUCUCCUGUUCUGAGCGAUAAGACCCAGUUCCCUUUUUUCUACCGGAUGGUCCCCACAGAAGAAUCCCAGUACCCAGGGAUUGUCAAGCUGCUCCUGCACUUUGGAUGGAUGUUUGUUGGUCUCAUUGCUUUUGACACCGACAAUGGAGAGAGGUUUAUGAAGACCUUGACACCUCUGCUCAACAGGAAUGGCAUUUGUGUUGCCAUCUCAGAAACCUUCCCACAACUAAAUACACAUAUACUCCACCAUUUCCUGGGAAACUCCCAGUUUUACAAUUCUUCCAUGCAUGGAGUGUACUUGGAUGAGAAUGGGGAACUGGCAGCAGACUUGGACGUUGUGAACUUGGUGGUGCUCCCCAAUAAAACCAUCCUUAGGGUGAAGUUUGGGAGUUUAUGCAGCAAGGGACCCGCAGGCCUGCAGCUCACCAUCGACCACGAGGCCAUUGUGUGGCCCAAAUGGCUCAACCAGACUCUGCCUCCUUCCAGGUGUGUGGAAAGCUGCCAGCCUGGAUUCGUCAAGGUGGUUCAGGAAGGGAAGCCAGUUUGCUGCUACGACUGCCUUCCCUGCGCGGAAGGGACCAUCUCCACUCAAAAAGAUGCACAACAUUGUACCAGUUGUCCAGAAGAUCAGCAUCCAAAGAAGGACCGAGAUCGAUGUGUCCUCAAGACUAUCACUUUCCUGGCCUAUAAUGAAUAUUUGGGGAUCCUCCUAUCUUCCUUUGCUAUCUUCUUGUCCUUAACCACAGGCUUUGUGCUAGGAAUCUUCAGUAAAUUCCUAGACAGUCCAAUAGUCAAAGCCAACAACCAGGACCUCUCCUUCAUCCUCCUCGUCUCCCUCCUGCUUUCCUUUUUGUCCUCCUUCCUCUUCAUCAGCCAGCCAAGGAAGGCAACCUGUCUUCUCCGACAAACAGCCUUCAGCAUCAUCUUCUCAGUUGCUAUCUCUUCUUUGUUGGCAAAAACCAUCACUGUGGUACUGGCCUUCUUGGCCACAAAGCCAGGGAACAAAGUGAGGAGAUGGCUGGGGAAGAGUCUGGCCAACUCCAUUAUCAUUGUCUGUUCCAGCGUCCAAGUUGUCAUCUGCGCCAUCUGGCUGGGGAUCUCUCCCCCAUUCCCAGACUCUGACAUGCACUCUCAACCUGGAGAUAUCAUUUUGAAAUGUAACGAGGGGUCUGUCGCCAUGUUUUAUGUGGCCCUUGGGUACAUGGGCUUCCUUGCUGCCAUCUGCUUCAUGGUGGCUUUCCUAGCUAGGAGACUGCCUGGGGCCUUCAAUGAAGCUAAGCUGAUCACCUUCAGCAUGCUGGUCUUCUGCAGUGUUUGGGUGUCCUUCGUGCCCACCUACCUGAGCACGAAGGGGAAAUACAUGGUAGCCGUGCAGGUCUUCUCCAUCUUGGCCUCCAGUGCUGGGCUUCUGGGCUGCAUCUUCAUGCCCAAGUGCUACAUUAUUGUGCUCAGGCCUGAUCUGAAUACGAAAGAGCAUCUAUCAACACAAACAAAAGCAGAAAUUUGA